AUGGAAGGGGCACAGAUUCUAACGGAACUUUCACCUCUGUGUAAGAUUUACUGCUCUGAUGGAGAAGAAUACACCAUGUCUAGCUGUGUUAGAGGAGAGUUGAUGGAAGUGAAUGAAAGCCUUCUCCAUAAGCCAUCUAUUCUUCAAGAGAAGCCAUCCACCGAAGGCUACACUGCAGUUGUGUUGCCCACGUUUGAAGAAAGUAAAAGCAUAACAGAAGGGUUACUAAAACAAAAACAGUAUGAAGAAGUCGUGGUGAAACGUAUCAAUGCCACAACAGCUACCUCAUGAGGAUUAAGUUUGAGUAAAAAUAACAGGGCAUUCUUAUCCUUACCUGGCCUAUGAGUCAGUGCACUAAGGAAAAACCAGAGGCACUGAAGAGUCCUUCACUUCACGCUGGGCUAUCCUCAGGGAGGCCUGAUCUUAAAACCUGACCUAGUUUUCCUUCUUUGUCUUGCAUAAGAAGCCUUGAUUGCAUUUUGUCUUCGACCUCCCAGAUCUGCCUGCCCAUGUACUCACUCUGUUCUUCUAUUGCUUUUCUCUUUCUAAAAACUGGCAAGUGAGAGGCUUUUUUCUGAUUAAAAACCAACAAACAAAGCACUUUGAGGAAAAUUUGAAAAGACAGAAAAGUAAAAAUAAUUUACCCAUCAUCCUGUAACCCGUUAGUAAAUACUAGGUUUUGAAGUAAUUCUGUUUGAAUAUUAUGUCAUGGUUAUUGUUUAUGCCUCCAUUUUCCAUCACUUUGAAGUUGAAAAACAACAACUGGCCUUUCUUACCCAGUCUGCUUCAGUGUGACACGACGCAAAUGUCUGGUCCCACCCCUUUUGCCCCAACUGCCCCUCUCAGGUUGCCUAGAAGAGGCUGGGUGUAGAGUGUACCUUCUCUAAGUCUAUGGGUUGUCCUUCAACUCUGAACAAUGUAGCACUGUAACACUGGCUUCUUAAUGAGGGACACGUGAAAAGGCUUUGAAAGGGGCUUUGCUAACAUGGAAGUAUCAAUAUUAUAAUGCGGUAUGAAGUAACAUGUGCAUUUGGGGUCACUCAGUCUC